GCUCCUCUGCGCUUCAGCAUAAAAACAAGCGAGUGGGCGUUCAGGGCAGUCUGCAGCGGAAACUUUCCACAAAAUGGUGCAACAACUCUCCAAAUCCGGAGCAAAGGAGGCUCCUCUGCUCAAAGCUGGGCACCCACCAGCAGUGAAGGCAGGAGGGAAGCGAGUGGCCAAGAAAAGCCUGGAGGAUGGGGCUCCAGAGAAGGACACGAAGAGGCCUGAAAAACUGAGCCGGUCUCUUCCCACUUCGAGCAGGAUGCAACAAGUUGGCCUGCUUCUGACGGGGACUCUUGACAAGCUGAGCCACGACUUUCCGGAGACCCCGGUGAGCGUGAGGCACAGCAAGGUGCGCCCAGCCAUGGAAAAGUCUCACUCCCCUCGGACCUUCUGCAUCCAGCAGCCCAGGAAGUAGUGAAUUUGCCUGAGAAUGCCCCCGUGUCUGUUGCAUUGUGUUGGUUAUGAAACGUUCAACUCUGAGGGGAACUGGCAAGUUUUUUUUCUUUUGGAGGUGCUGAUUUAAGCUGUUAGAAGAAACCCGACUUUCCUUUUUGUGCUAAGCUUUUGAACGAGAAGCAAGUUAAUGAGCAGUUUUUGUUUUUGUCUUCCAUCUUUGUUUUGAAAAUGCUGUAAAAUGCUUAAAUGCUUGCCAACUUAUUGUUAGGGAAUGUAUGGCAUAGGGGUUAAAAUAAGUCUGUUAGGGGAAGGUCAAUGAAGCUUAAAAAUCUGCUUUUUAUAGGUUUUCUAUGUAUAACUCUAUAUAGAAGAUUUGUAUAAAAAAAAUAAAUGUGCUAUUCUUCCUC